AGACAUUUGCGAGGCGAGUGUCUCCAAGAUGGCGGCGUGGGGAAGGAGGCGCGCGGGCCCCGGCGGCACCAACAGCGGCGGCGGCCGGGACAGGGUGACCUUGUCCUCCACGGACUGUUACAUUGUACACGAGAUCUACAACGGGGAGAACGCUCAGGACCAGUUUGAGUACGAGCUGGAGCAGGCGCUGGAGGCGCAGUACAAGUACAUCGUGAUCGAGCCCACGCGCAUCGGGGACGAGACGGCGCGCUGGAUCACCGUGGGGAACUGCCUGCACAAGACGGCCGUGCUGGCGGGCACCACCUGCCUCUUCACCCCCCUGGCACUGCCAGUAGAUUAUUCUCAUUACAUCUCCCUGCCCGCUGGAGUGCUGAGCGUGGCCUGCUGCACCCUGUACGGCAUCUCUUGGCAGUUUGAUCCCUGUUGCAAGUACCAGGUCGAGUACGAUGCCUAUAAACUUUCGCGCCUGCCCCUGCAUACGCUCACCUCGUCCACUCCCGUGGUGCUGGUGAGGAAGGACGACCUGCACAGAAAGAGACUGCACAACACGAUAGCACUCGCUGCCCUGGUGUACUGUGUAAAGAAGAUCUAUGAACUCUAUGCUGUAUGACUUCAGCAGGCAAGAGAGAAACCCACAAAGACAAGUGUAUUAAGACUCCCACAGUAACAUUUUUGUUUUUCCUCUUUGAGAAGUGGUGGAGACUGGGAAGGAUUUGGUUUAAUAGAGCUGUUAUUUUUCAAAUAACACAUCACUGGUGCACCAAGGUUUUUCAGUUCUUCGUUACACUUGAGAUGUGGAUGUGUGGUGACUUGAGAUCCGUAUGUUAGGCCAGGGGAGUCCAAUCCAGCAGCAGAAUGUCAAUGAAAGAAAGCAAUAGAAAGAAGGGGUGUGAGAGCUGCUUUCUUUUUUUUUUUUUUUUUUUUUUCCCUUUUUUUUUUUUUGGAAACAUUUAAGUAUAUUGUUUAAUUGUAUUACACAGAACCAGCCAGAAGUUAUCAUUGACCAUUAAAGGAUGAGAAUUUGAAAUGCUCAA